AUGGAACGCAUGGAAGAGACAUCGGACUCUGCCGCCGCUGAAGAGAAGCAGAAUCAGCCCUGGAAGCCAGGCAAGGCACAAUGGUUUGUUUUUGGGUGUUUGGCGCUUCUUUCCUUCAUCAUAUCACUGGACACUACGAUUAUAACCCCGGCUCUUCCAGCGCUAGAAUCUUCAUUGCACGGUGAUACAGUUCAAGCCUUUUGGGCCGGAACAUCAUAUCUGCUCGCGAGUUCGGUGUGCCAGCCCUUCAUUGUCGAUCUGUCCGAUGUUUUUGGCCGGCGCAUGAUUCUGACGGCCGUGCUGGUGCUUUUUACUCUCGGGACGGUUCUCUGCGCGGUCGCGAAUGGAUUUGAUCUGUUUCUUGCAGGCCGCUCCUUGCAGGGGGUUGGGGGAGGCGGGAUUAUGGCAAGCUGCAUUGUGAUCACCACGGAUAUCGUCCCUUUACGCCAGCGACCCACGUACUAUUCGAUUGUUCAGAUGGCAUGGGCAGUGGGGACACUUGCCGGCCCAGUGAUUGGGGGUGCUAUCGCGCAGAAUAUCAGUUGGCGCUGGAUGUUCUAUAUCAACCUGCCUUUCUGCGGGAUCGGACUCGUUCUUGUUCCGCUGACGAUUCGUCUACGGGCUGAAAGACCCAGCGUCCUGGAAAGACUGGCCUCCAUAGACUGGACCGGUGGCGUGCUCUUCAUCGGAAGCUUGAGUAGUUUCCUGGUUGGCAUUAGCUGGGGCGGGAAUCAAUUCCCCUGGAAUAGCUGGAGGACAGUCGUACCCAUCGUCAUCGGAGGAGUCGGGGUAGUGAUAUCGCUUCUGUGGGAGAGGUCCCUGGCCUCGCGGCCCUUUAUUCAUGUGUCCCUGUUUUCUACUUAUGCGUGCGUUAUAGCGUAUAUUUGCGCUUUUCUACAGGGGGCUUUGAUGAUGGCCUUGCUUUACUUCAUCCCACUGAAUCUCCAAACUGUCAAGACCUUCGAUGCUAUCGACAGUGGCCUGGCUUUGAUGGUCAUCCUCGGUAUAAUGCUCCCGACCAGUGUAGUUACAGGGGUUCUUUUGACUCGCCUGGGCCAUUACCGUUGGGCGAUCUGGACAGGUUGGGUGCUCUCGACAACGGCCGUAGGCUUACUAGCAUUGCUCGAUCGACAUACCCAAGCGUCACGAUGGGUGCUCAUUUUCCUCUGUCUAGGUAUUGGGCAGGGACUCGUCUUAACGGCCCUAAACUUCGCAGUUCAGGCACUCGCAAAGGACAACAAGGAGGCAUCUGCCGCAGGAAUGUACACCUUUAUGCGGACGCUGGGGAUGUGCAUCGGGGUCGCUGUUGCGGGAACCUUCUUUCAGAAUAGACUCGCGUACGAGCUAGGGCUUAGAGGACUGCCGGCUGAAGUGUCCAAGGAGGCAGCUGGGUUUGCGCUGAAGUUGCAUGACGGCACCAUGAGCUCUGCAGUGCAAAGUCUCUUCAUCCAAGCAUUCAGGGAGGCAUUUCGAGACCUGUGGUUAUUCUUUUGUGGUGUCGCUGCGCUGUGUCUUCUCCUCUCACUCAUGAUCCAGCAUUCAAGCUUGGAUCGCACAUUACAGUCCGAGCAUGCCCUGAUGGAUCGCCCAGAGAAGAAAGCUGGUGACUGUUGA